CAAGUCAACCACUCUCCAUAACUCUCCCAAAUCUCUACUCCUAUAAACAACACUCCUUUCUCCUUUUCCUUUGCUCAACCCUUACAUCUAAAACCACCUUCCAAAACUACUCCCAAUUAUUAUUAAUAACUCUCUCUUAUCUCUUCUAACUCUCUCUGUACUUCUCCUCCUCCUCCUCCUUCUCAUUCAUAACAAAAUCAUGAUCAAAAGUAGCUCAGAGCCAUCACUAUGGUUUCCGGGGAAGAAAAUUGAAGGAGUAGCAAUCAAACCAAUGACUGUUAGAGCAGCCGAGAUCGCGAAAAGCCGAGAAGAGCUUCUCGGCCUUCUUCACGACUUACCGGAAUCCGAAUACGAGCUUUCCCUCACUGACUUAGUUCAAAAAGAGACUCAAGAUGAUGGUGCAACAACCCCUAAGGACAUGAUCAAAACUUUAAUAGAAGAAGAUGGUUUUGGUGCUUCACUAGUUAAGGAGAGAAAGAAGAGAAGAAGUAGUGCUAGUAGUAGAGGAAGUAGUAGUGAAGGAGUCUUACUUAAUGUUUACAUGCCUAUUUCUUUAACUCGCAGCCUUACUACUAAUUCAGCUCAACGUUCACAUAUUUCUAAAGCUCCUUCAAUUGAUUGUUCUAAAAGGGACAGAGAAACUCCAAGACUGGGAUGUUGGUCAGCAAUUUGGGUCAAAGGAAGAGGAAAAAGAAGAACAGAAGGGUUGGAAUUGAAGGCUAGUGUGAAGAUCUAAAUUUAAAUGCUCUUUAACUACUUGGGUUGUUUAUUCAUUUUGUGUAGAAAUAAAUCUUGAAAUAUUGGAGUGAUGCUUGUAUUUGUGCAUCCUUCUUACUUUGUGUAUUUGAAUUAAUUAAAUUAGAUUUAUAUGUUAGAUGAGUUCCAUUUCUUAGACUCUUAUAUUUUUUUAAUGGAUUUUCUA